CUGUGCUGCUGUAGUUAAAUUUGAACCAAGACUUCCCGUGAGGGACGUAACUCUGGAAAUUCCGAAAGUUUAUCUCUCAAUGGUAUCAUGUGAAUUUUAUAAACAAAACAGUUCUUCAUCUUAUUUUGUUCUAGAGUAGUCAUGUCAUUCUAAUUUAAAGUACGAUGCUGUGACUUAGAAAAGAAAAAUAUUUUCACCAUGACAGACUUUUUAGCUGAAAACAAUCAGUGUGGUCAAAAUAUUCUCCGCCUUGUCUCGCGCGGGAAUGCAAUCAUUGCUGAACUCCUGAGACUGGCAGACUUUAUCCCUCCAGUCUUCUAUUUAGAAACACAAGCAGACAAAACCAAGUAUGGAGACAUUUUGGCAGACUUUAGCUACUUUAACAGCACAGAGCUUUUUGAUAGCAAGAUUGAAUCUAAAGUAGAACUGCAAGACUUAGACGAAGAGUUCCGAGAGAAUAACAUUGAAAUACUGACCAGAUUUUAUCAAGCCUUUUCUAGUGUCCACAAAUAUGUUACAGAUCUUAACCGUUAUCUUGAAGACUUGGAGGAAGGUGUCUACAUUCAGCAGACCAUGGAGUCAGUACUUCUUAAUGAGGAUGGAAAACAAUUAAUGUGCGAGGCAUUAUUUCUUUAUGGAGUUAUGUUACUAGUUAUUGAUACAAGAAUAGAUGGUAUAAUUAGAGAAAGAAUUUUGGUCUCCUACUAUAGAUACAGUGCUCAGAAAGCAGCAGCAGGAGACUCCAACAUUGAUGAUGUCUGUAAACUCUUGAGAAGUACUGGGUUUACCAACGCUCCAGGUGCUAAACGUCCUCAGCUUUAUCCAGAAUCUUUUUUCAACCGAGUGCAAAUAAACGCAGAGUAUGUUGACAUGGUGAUUGGUAGACUACGUUCAGAUGACAUUUACAACCAAAUAGCUGCAUACCCUCUUCCAGAGCACCGCAGCACAGCGCUGGCAACACAGGCUAGCAUGUUGUAUGUGAUCCUGUACUUCCAACCAGACAUCUUGCACACUCAGCAAGCCAAAAUGAGGGAAAUAGUGGAUAAACAUUUCCCUGACAACUGGGUGAUAAGUGUGUACAUGGGUAUGACUGUCAACCUGCUAGAUGCCUGGCACCCAUACAAAGCUGCCAUGACAGCCCUCAACAACACCUUGUCAGUGACGAACAUCAGAGAACAGUCCAUCAAGUAUGCUCAGAAAGUAGACAAACUCAAGCCUGUCCUGACCAAGUACUUGAAGGAAGGUGUUCUCAAAGAAGAGUUUGUCCUCGACUCCAUACAGAAACUAAUGAAUGUUCUCAGGGAAGGAAAUGUAACGCUCCGUUGGCUAAUGCUUCAUUCCUCUGCCCUGACCCCUAGUUUUAACCAGCCAGCCGCUGAGCUCAACAAAAGGAUCAAACAGAUCAGGGAACAGGUGUUGACUGACUGCAGGUUUAAAGCCCUGACUGUCUUUGAGCUUUUGCUUAAUAUAGCCCAGUUUGAAUUCAAACUCAAAGAGCUGUUCAAACAAAUGUUGGUAGAGAAAGAGAAGAAAUGGGAACAGUACAAAAAAGAAGGAGCAGAAAGGAUGCAGGAACUAAGUGAAGUGUACUCUGGGACCAAACCUCUGACCCGAGUAGAGAAAAAUGAUAAUCUUCAAGCCUGGUUUGCAGAAAUGAGCAAACAGAUUAAUUCUCUGGGUUAUGAUGACUCUACAUCUGCUGGGCGUAAAAUAGUUCAACUUAUCCAGGCCUUGGAGGAGGUACAAGAGUUUCAUCAGCUGGAGAGCAACCUUCAGGUCCGUCAGUUUUUGGCUGACACUCGGCAGUACCUACACCAGAUGAUUCGAACCAUCAACAUCAAAGAAGAAGUACUGAUUACUAUCCACAUUGUUGCAGACCUGUCCUAUGCGUGGAACAUCAUGGACACUUACACAGAUAACAUGCAACAAGGCAUCAAGCAAGAUCCAACUUUAGUUAUCAAACUCAGAGCUACAUUCCUUAAAAUGGCUUCUGCUCUUGAUCUGCCACUGCUGAGAAUCAACCAAGCCAACAGCCAGGACCUACUCAGUGUCUCACAAUAUUACUCUGGGGAACUAGUCUCAUAUGUCAGGAAAGUUUUACAGAUCAUACCCCAAACAAUGUUUAGUUUACUGGCCAACAUCAUCAAGCUAAUGACCCACUCCAUCAAAGAAGUGCCCACAAGAUUGGAAAAAGACAAGAUGAAAGAGUAUGCCCAGUUGGAUGAACGAUACCAGGUGGCCCAGCUGACUCAUGCCAUCUCUGUGUUUACUGAGGGAAUGCUGAUGAUGAAGACAACUCUUGUGGGGAUUAUCAAGAUUGAUCCAAAGCAGUUGUUAGAAGAUGGUAUCAGGAAAGAACUGGUGAUGCAGGUCUCCCAAGCCUUACACAGUGGUCUGAUGUUUAACACUAAAGCUAAGGUUAGCGAGCUGCUUCCCAAGCUACAGUACCUGGGAGAUCAAAUGGAUGGAUUUCGCAGAUCGUUUGAGUACAUUCAGGACUAUGUGAAUAUUUAUGGUCUGAAAAUUUGGCAGGAAGAAGUUUCAAGAAUCAUCAACUACAAUGUAGAGCAGGAAUGUAACAGUUUUCUUAGAACCAAGGUCCAGGACUGGGAAAGUGUCUACCAAUCUAAAGCCAUUCCAAUACCAAGGUUCCAACAGGUGGAUGAUGCCAGUGUCAAUUUCAUUGGACGAUUAGCCAGAGAAAUCAUUCGGAUAACUGAUCCAAAGACAACAUGUUAUGUGGACCAGAUGAAAGCCUGGUAUGACAUGAAAACCAAGCAAGAAAUCAUCAACAGGACUUUGUUUGAUAAGAUUCAUAAAGCUGUGGGCAGUUUUGGCUUGUGUGGUCUGGACAGACUCUUGUGCUUCAUGAUUGUCAAAGAACUGCAGUCAUUUCAGACUUCCUUUCAGCGCUUUGUUCUAAAAGACAAAUCUAUGAUGGACUUGUUUGCUCAGUAUACUAAGGCAUUUAGUCCACUCCAGGGUCUUAUAAACCAGCCUCAGAAAUUUUACAGCCAGCUUCUUGCCAAAACCAGUCGAAUUUUGCCAUCAUAUGUUGAUAUUAUUUUAAAGGUUGGUCAGAUGCAGCUGCUGAGACGUCAGAUAGCCUACGAACUCAACACCUCUUGUAAAUUUGACUCUAAGUUUCUUGCCAGUUCCCUGCAGAAUUUAAACAGUGCAUUACUAGCUGAUAUUGAAGAACACUACAAGGAUCCCAGCAAGCCCUACCCCAAGGAUGAGAACCCUCUCAUGUAUGAACUCACAAGUUACCUGGAGUCUUCAGGGUUCCAUAACCCACUAAGGAAGAUCUAUAUCACUACUCCAAGGUUGCCCUACUUUCCACUGUCCACUUUCCUCAUUACCAUCUCACAGCUGAGCAAACUGUAUUAUUUUAAAUCUAUCGAUUCUUUGACCUGUAAAAAGCCUACUGACCCACUGGACUGCCCUCCCCUUGUUGUUGGUAUCUACACCUUGUUGAAACAAUGUCACAGUGACUCGACCAACACUUACCUGGCAUUCCUAGGCCAGUAUGUCCGUUCCAUGGUGGAGUCUCUGAACAGCGUCAAGGACCCUGCCAUUUCUCAAGACAUACUUAAUGUACUCGUCUACUUAGAGGAGUUUAUUUUCUACAGCAGUUUACCAAGAAAGAUGGUUGAAUCCUUUGUGCCCAGUUAUAUAUUUGAUGAAUUCCGAGGACAGUUUUCUCAAGGCUAAUGACUUUGUUGAAUCUAGUCUUCUUUCAGAGCAGUAUAAUUAAUGCAAUUAAUCUCUCACUAUAUGUUGUUACUAUAAAAUAAUUGAGAGAAUAACAUUGAAUUGGAAGCAUUCAUUUUUCCUUAGCAUACGUCUGUAACAUUUUUGACUUUCUAUUUCCUUUGUUCCUCUACAUUGAACUUAAGAGAUUUAUUUCCCAACAUGAAAACCAACCAAAAUAUAAAAUAAACAAUGUUAUCAAUCUUACCAACAUUGUCAGAUGUUUCAAGUUAUGUGAAUCUUCUGUUUAUUACUAAAUGGAACUUAGAGCUCUGUGGUCUUAUUAUGUUUAUGAAAUUAUAAUAUGUAUUUGUCUUUCCUUCUUGAAAGGAAUGAAAUGUUUUGUUUAUUCUUGGAAUGUCUUGUAAGAUGUUUUGAUACAAACAUACCUGUGUAAUAGAUCACUAGUUGAUUGUCUGGGAUAGACAUAGACCUGUGUUGUAUUUCAUUCCCAAUGUUCUAGUAUUCCAGGCUGAAGUUUUGGUGUGUAUCUUGUAUAUUCAUGUGAUGGUGAAAUUGUGAUUGCUGUUAUAGCAUUUAAGUAACAGACUUUUAAAAAGUUUUACUUUUUAGUUGUUGCUAUAUUCUAUUAUCUCCUUUGCAACAUUGUAUAAAUUUGCCUAGUAAUUAAAAAAACAUUAUUUAA